UAGUUGGUUUAUAUUGUUUGAAAACGUACAAAAUAGUGUAAUUUUUAUAUAAUAUAUUGUAUUGAUUAUAUGUAGUAUUUUAACAAAAGUGAAUUUUUAAUUUCAUAUAAUUUUUAAUAUCGUCCUUGAAAAAAAUUUUGUUUUAAAUAUAUAUAUAAGUCAAACGAAUUACUAGUAUAUUAAGAAUAAUGUCUAGAACUCCUUGUAAGACUUACAAACGACCAUUUACAGUCUGUGUAGAAGGUAAUAUUGGAAGUGGGAAAACUACUUUUUUAAAUCAUUUCAAAAGUUAUGAUAAUACAGUUGUCUUACAAGAACCAGUUGAACUAUGGCGCGACGUUGCAGGAGUAAACCUAUUAGAACUUAUGUAUAAGGAUCCAAAACGUUAUGCUUUCAUAUUCCAAUCUAAUGUACAAUUGACAAUGCUUCAAUUGCAUACUUAUAAGACACAAUUACCUUACAAAGUCAUGGAGAGAUCAGUUUACUCUGCAAGAUUAUUUAUAGAAAACAUGAAACGUAAUAAAAUAUUACAAGACGUUGAAGUUGUAGUAUUAGAAGAAUGGUUUGACUGGUGUAUAAAAAAUGCUAACAUAGAAACGGAUUUAAUAAUAUAUUUAAGAACCAGUCCAGAAAUUGUUAACCAAAGAAUGCGUAUAAGAGCUCGUAAGGAGGAAAAUUUGGUGUCAUUAGAAUACCUGAAACGUAUUCAUGAAAUACAUGAUGAAUGGCUACUAUACCAAAGCUUGUUCUCUUUGCCAGCACCAGUUAUUAUAUUAGAUGGAAAUAAGAGUACUGAAGAGAUGGUAAUUGAAUUUGAAAAAUGCAAAAAUGUAAUUUUUACUCAACGAAAAGAAGGUGAAAAUUGAAUAAUAAGUGCAACUACCUCGCCCACAUGUUAAAAAAAGUAAAAACAGUAGAUACAUAACUAAAAUAUAAGUAUUCUAUUUCGGCAUUUAACUGUACAAAGUAUUUAAUAUUAUUUUCCCUUUUGUUAUAAAUAUAUAAUAUAAUAUAAGAAUUGUAAU